AUGGUAUUCUACCAUGUCGGCGGGGCGAUCCCGCGCUGUUCUUCGACUCUUGUGCCGUUCGAUGGGAAGUUGUCCCUGGGUGGUGCUUUGAGCGAUUCCCUUAGCCAGCUCGAUGCCGCGACUAUCACCGAGAACCUUCGACAUCUUUGCCCUGUGGCCCAGGCCAAUGCUCUGGUCAUGCUGCGAUUUUUGUCCGAGAAGGGGCUGCUUGCCACGGGGCUCCCCCUGGAGAUCUUGGCCCACAAGCUCAUCAUCAAGAACGCGCUGUGUCUCAAUGAGUAUUUCUCGUGCAGGAGCGACCGCCAUACUCAGGCACAGGCGUCUCUCGCCCUGCUGGGCCCCUUGGUCCCGAUGCUGAAGUCGCCCAGGAUGCGAUCGUUUGUAAAGAAGUACGUGGAACGCGCGGGAGACCCGACCGAAGGCUUCGUCAGCAACAUGUCCAGCCUGCUGGACGAGCCGGAGAAACACGGGUUCCUGGUGGAUCCCUCGGGGCACAACUACGAAGGAUACCUUGCGGACUUGGUGCAGCUGUUGCUGCUGGCGCCGAAGCCGGUGCCGUCGAAGGAGGAGACCUCCGCGGCCGGGGCCGGUUCCAUCGGGGCCGGCAUUGAAUUUGAGUGCCUGAACGCGUGGGAUUUACCCGGCACCAAGCAGCUGUCGCGCUUUGUUGUGAUGGACUUCGAGCUCAUUUCGCUCUUCAUCGAUAACGUAGUCCGGGCAGAAGAUGGGACAAUCUCCCGGGCGGAUCUUUACAUGGCCAUGUGGGACAUGCCGCACGCCUUCGCGGACUACAUCACGGCCGUUGGCCCGGAGGGCAUCGAGCAGGCCACCAUGCGCCUGUUCAAGAUCACCCUCGACCUGAAGCUGCCCGAGUCCUGGCCGAUAGUGAGGGAGAUCCUCCCGAGGAAGACCCAGUCCGGUGUGCCCAACAACACACGCGUUAUCCACGGUGCCAGGCAAGCUUCGCUGUUGGAGGAGGUGUGCGCUCUCGUCCACGGGGUCCCACUCCCCCACAUCAUAGUGGAAGGUAGCAGCCCGGGCAAGAGGCGCGCCGACCUCUUCAACACGGUGGACCUGUCCCGAGAGCCGAGCGGCCGGACGGCCUUCCCGCGGGCGUACGACUCACAUUCGGUGAUGGGCCAUUCGGGCGAGCGUUCUGUGGCCCACCUUGCCCGGUGGAACAUCGGCCUGGACAUGGCCGCAGCUGGGGACAUCGAUGAAGCACUCAACCGUGAGCAGGCCAUCAAGGAGCAACUACUCAUGUGCCUGGCCCUGGUUUGUCACUCCCAGAUGGCCAUUUGCAAGUGA